AUGGCUUGCACUAUAAUUUUGUGUAACUAAUUUCUGAGUCAAAGGGAAGGCAAAAAAAUAGAAACAUGCUGGAUCCCCUCGUGCUGUCUCUCCAUGGUCCACAGGGUGAAAGCGAAAUUUCGAAUCCUACUAUGUUGGUAAGCAGACUUGAAGGGCGACAGUCUUUGAGGGACACUGAACCCAGUAUAUUUCCUGUUGACGGUGGUCCAGGUCAAGGUGACAUCAUGGAGUUUCAUGGCUUGGAGGGUACAGGUAUGACAGAAACCUUGAACCAACUCAUCAGCCGCUGCAUGUAGAGUCUGGAGGUGGUGGUGGUCUUCAUUGACACGGACUACCACCUUGACAUGCUACGCUUAGUGAGCGUUCUGGAGGGACGUUUGGCCAAAGACUCUAAGGAGGGUGUCGGCUCUGAAAACAUCGAGGAGAGGGUGCGUUUAUGUCUGCGCAGGCUGUCUGUAGUGCACUGUAACAGCUCAGUACAGAUCCUCCUAACCCUGCACUACCUAGAAAACACUUUCUCCAGCCAGCCCUCCCUUGGCCUGCUGGUCAUCGACAGCAUCUCUUGACAUGCUAUACGCUAAGUGAGCGUUCUGGAGGGACGUUUGGCCAAAGACUCUUCCUUCUACUGGGUGUGUGGUUUGAUUUUGUGGAAAAACUACGGCAUUGUGGUCUUCGCAACCACUCAUGCCAUAAUGAGGAACUAUGGAUCUGAUCCAGGGGUGUCAGAAGUGCCCAGCUCAUCAUCAUCAUCAUCAUCUCGCAGGUGGAGGUCAGCUGAUAGUGCUACAGACUUUGACAAGCCCUACCUGUGCAAAGCAUGGCAGAGAAUAGUAACUCACAGGAUGCUGUUCACUAAAAGUCAUGUGUCAAAGGAGCACAAGCAGGUUUUCUCCACAGCAUGUACCAGCAUAAUGAUCAAAGGUGUCAAAAGAUGCUUGUUUCAUGUCAUGGAGGAUGGUAUUACAUUUUUAUGUGACAAGUGA